AUUUUGUUUUGUGUAUGUAUGAGCUUUAUAUAUAAAUACAAUUUCGGUGGUGCUCAAUUACUGAAAAAAUAAAUAAUUAAAUAAUUAGAAAAUUAAAACUUUAGGUUUUUCCCAUCUCAAUCUCUCUCGGCUCUUGUUCUACUCAAUCUCAUGGCUUCUAAUCCCACCAAGGACGCUCCUGCUGAUGAGAAGGCAGGAGGUUCAACACCAACAUCAGAAACAUCUUCUGGUUCAAUCAGAGAAUCACAAGGAAGAGGAGCUGCACCUUCUGCGCCUGGACCUGGAUUGCCGCCCAAUCCUUUUGAUUUCUCUGCCAUGAGUGGUCUCCUUAAUGACCCUAGCAUUAAGGAACUAGCUGAACAGAUAUCAAAAGACCCUGCAUUCAAUCAGAUGGCAGAGCAACUUCAGAAAACUUUUCAAGGUGCAGCGCCUGAUGAGGGUAUCCCACAGUUUGAUACACAGCAGUAUUACUCCACCAUGCAACAGGUUAUGCAGAAUCCACAAUUCAUGACUAUGGCUGAGCGCCUUGGUAAUGCAUUGAUGCAGGACCCAUCCAUGUCUACUAUGUUGGAGAGUUUAUCAAACCCAUCACAAAAAGACCAGCUUGAGGAACGAAUGGCACGAAUAAAGGAUGAUCCAUCUUUGAAGCCUAUUUUAGAAGAGAUAGAGAGUGGUGGACCAGCUGCCAUGAUGAAGUACUGGAAUGAUAAAGAUGUACUGCAGAAGUUGGGGGAAGCAAUGGGUCUUGCAGUUGCUGGAGAUCCGGCUACUUCUGCUGACAAUGCCGGGCAAGACGAAGCAGAAGAAGUGGGAAAUGAGGAUGAGUCUAUUGUUCAUCAUACUGCUAGUGUUGGUGAUGUUGAGGGUUUGAAAGCUGCACUAGCCUCUGGUGCUGACAAGGACGAAGAAGAUUCCGAAGGAAGGACAGCAUUGCAUUUUGCCUGUGGAUACGGUGAGGUGAAGUGUGCUCAGAUCCUUCUUGAGGCUGGAGCAAAUGUAGAUGCUUUGGACAAAAAUAAGAAUACUGCACUUCACUAUGCAGCUGGUUAUGGCAGGAAGGAAUGUGUAGCCCUUCUGCUGGAGAACGGCGCUGCUGUAACCCUUCAAAACAUGGAUGGCAAGACUCCCAUUGAUGUCGCCAAGCUCAACAACCAGCACGAGGUACUAAAGCUGUUGGAGAAGGAUGCUUUCCUGUAACCGACUGGACCCAGUCUCACCCUGGCACGCAUGCUCGUGUAUGUUGGAUUUUGGCAAAACGCUAUAGGCAUAUUUCAGUGUGUUAGAUGAAUUUUUACUUCAGUAAGCAGAAGACUGUGAUGACAAACAAACCUUGUGCUUUUGUCUACUCAGUUUGUUGCAGCAGCAGUCUGACUGCUACAUAUGUCAAACCGAUUUUAUAGUUCCAGCACAAACAAUCCCUUUUUUUCAUGGAGUGAUUGAUUUAUUUGUGGGGGGAUUGAAUGUGUCUUAGUUGUAGUAAUUACAGCUGUGAACACUUUAUGCUUGAUGUUACCUAGUAUUGUUUCAUUUUCUUGAAAAAAUCACCUUAUGUUUAUUGUUUGGAAAUAAUUUAUUUAUAU